UAUUGGCUUUGAAUGUUACCUGUGUUCAUUGUAUCUAGCUUGGUGUUUUAGAACAAAUCAUGCAUUGGGGAUAAGGAACUGAGUAAUCCAGUGCUGUUUUGAAACCCAUCUGGCCUCAUCCUCAGAGUCUUAAAGCUACUGAGAGUUUUCAACAAGACCUAUUAAGGGCACAAUUUUUGCAUUGAGGGUCUGGCUUUAAGAAAAAAAAAAUUAAUGCCUUGUUCUUUCACAAUUUUUCAAGUUUGCUGUAAUUAUUCUUGCUGAGUGAGGUUGCACAGGAUUUGCCUAUCAGUACUCCAUGGCGUAGCCUGUUGGUAGCAGAGCCCUGUAAAGCUUGUAGAUUAGUUGUCAUCUUCCCCAGAUGAGCAGCAGAUCACCGAGUCCUCAUGCUCAUCAGUUUGUUUAAACUUUCAGGCUGGCUCACUGAAAGAAUUUAUACUUCUAAAUGCAGGGGUUUUUAAAAUUUUUCUCUGAUGCGGAGCAUGCUUGCAAGACCAUUUGCCUAUGGACAGGGUGGUGAAGGCAGCAAGAGCUCUUUCCACAGCACAUUUCAUAGAAUCAUUUUGGUUGGAAGAGACCCUCAGGAUCAUCAAGUCCAAUUAUAACCUAACUCUGGCACUAAACCAUGUCCCUAAGAACCUCAUCUAAAUGCCUUUUGAACCCCUCCAGGGAUGGUGACUCCACCACUGCCCUGGGCAGCCUGUUCCAAUGCCUGACAACCUUUCACGGGAAGAAUUUUUUCCUAAUAUCCAAUCUAAACCUCCCCUGGUGCAACUUCAGGCCGUGUCUUGUUGUCCUACCACUUGCUAUUUGGGAGACCAACACCCAACAUGCUACAACCUCCUUUCAGGUAGUUGUAGACAGCGAUAAGGUCUCCCUUAUUGUUGGGGGUUACCUGUGGGGUUUGUGUCAUCUCAUGCCCAGUUGACCGAAGACAGCAUUGCUGACGUGGUUAAUAAAUCCACAUAAACAUCAGUGCAUCUCUUCAAAAGGCGAUGAGCUGGGGUUUUCUUAAGACUCUUGAUGAAAACAGCCCCCGACACCUUCACCGUCUCACAGCCGAUGCUGAAGCGCUUCCCUGCGGGCCGAGGCGGGAGAGGCGGCCGCGCGGUGGCUGCUGUGGGUCGUUCGGUGCAGCGAGCCCGCGCUUCACCUCAGGCCCGGCUCCCGCGGCUGUCCCCACAGUCCCGCUCCGGGAGCUGCCCCGCUCCCCUCCACAGGGACAGCGGCAUGGAGGAACGGAGGGCGAGCGGGUGUUCUGUCCCCGCAGGGGCUCCUCUGGCGGGUCAGACCCUCUCCCGAGCAUGGCGAGCAGCGAUAGCGCCCUCGUCCCUCCGGGGCGCUGCGUGAGGGCUGCGGGGCAGGACACCACCCGCCGCCCCGCCCCGGGACCGCAGGUGUUGGCGGGGGUGGGUUGUCCGCUUUGCCAUGGCGGGGGCUGCAAAGGACACCCCGGAGGAGGAAUACCGGCUCUCGAUUUGCAGCAAAUUGUGCUACGCGAUAGGCGGAGCCCCAAAUCAAGUGGCAGGGAGUGCUGCUGCUUUCUUCCUGCAGAUCUACCUGCUGGACAUAGCCCACAUUACUCCGUUUCAUGCUUCUUUGGUGCUGUUCAUUGGCAAAGCCUCAGGUGCAGUUACUGAUCCUGUUGCUGGCUUUUUUAUUAGCAAAAGUAGAUGGACAAAAAUUGGCCGUCUCAUGCCCUGGAUGAUGGCAUGUACACCCUUCACAGUAGUGUCCUAUUUUUUUAUGUGGUACCUGCCUCCUUUUGUAUCAGGAAGAGUUGCGUGGUACCUGACUUUCUACUGCCUUUUCCAAGCACUGACCACAUUAUUCCAAGUACCAUAUUCUGCUCUCACCAUGUUUCUCAGCACAGACCAGAAGGAGAGAGAUUCUGCAACAGCAUACCGAAUGACCAUGGAAGUGCUUGGGACCUUGAUUGGAGCUGCGCUUCAGGGGCAGAUUGUGGCCAGUGCUCACGUCUCCCAUCACUGCACUGUGAAUCCCCCAGGAAACACAACCGACUCCUGGCAUCACCCUCCCAGCUCUCCAGACCCCUCAGAUCCCCUGUCUCAUCAGGCAAAAGUUUAUAUGAUUGCAGCAGGGGUCAUAGGAGGUGUGUAUCUUCUUGGAAUCGUCAUUCUUUUUCUUGGAGUAAAGGAAAAAGAUGAUCCUUAUGCCUUAAAUUCAGACAGAGCAAUUCCUUUUUGUAAGGGACUUGGACUCACCAUGAAGCACGGUCCAUAUGUGAAACUUACGGCUUCAUUUCUUCUCAUCUCGACAGCAGUUCAGCUGGAGCAGAGCAACUUUGUCCUUUUCUGCACUCACGCUGCUGAUCUUCGCAAUCACUUCCAGUAUUUGGUGGUGACCAUCUUGGUAUCGGCAGCUGUGAGCAUUCCCUUCUGGCAGAAGUUUCUGCAGCGAUUUGGCAAGAAGUGUGCAGCAUGUGGGAUUUCGUGGAUGAUUCCUUUUGCAGUCAUGCUAGUGACCAUUCCAAACUUGAUCCUGGCCUAUUUGGUGGCCUUCGUCUCUGGUCUGAGCAUUGCAGCAUCUCUUCUGUUGCCAUGGUCAAUGCUGCCUGAUGUUGUUGAUAACUUCCGCCUGCAGAAUCCUCAUGGAAAAGGACACGAAACCAUUUUCUAUUCUUCUUAUGUUUUCUUUACCAAGAUGUCAGCGGGAAUUGGCUUAGGAAUUUCUGCAGCAGGCCUGGAGUUUACCGGAUACAAGCCAGGGAUAUGCAGACAAUCCAACGAUGUGAUCCUCACACUGAAAAUCCUCAUCGGAGCGGUCCCUGCUGUGCUCAUCCUGGCAGGUUUAUUUAUACUUCUUUUCUAUCCCAUCACUGAAGAAAGUCGGAAAGAAACAAAGCUUGCGCUUGAAGAACUAAGAAGGAGCCACCAAAGCACAGAGAACCUGGAUGAACACAAAGAGGACACCUCGGUCUGAAAGCUCCGAAUACAAUGAUUUUCCAAAUACAGGCUCACAUCCCACACGCAAACUCUGUGAGAGUCCUCUGGGUUUUCACUCUGCGAGAGUCCUCUGGGUUUUUACUCUGCUCACAUUUUGUCAAAAAGGAUAAAGGAUGAUUCUGACACAGUCAGUAAUGAAAUCAGGAGAGGGCACCACCAUGCAAAAUAUAGAUAUAUAUCUAACUCCAUACACUGUGCUAAAAAAGAUAUUACAAAUGUUCAGGAAUGUAAGCUGUUGAAAGCCUGGGGGUUUUCUGUGUUUGUUUUGCAAUGACUAACAGAAAGCUGUGGUCUCAUUGCAAUAAGAGAGUCUGUGGACUUGUAGGCCAAGGGAAAAUAAGUGUAAAUGUGAUGCACAACCCAAAUUUUAACUUGUAUGAUGUAUUUCACCCUUAGAGACUGGGAGGGGAUUUUGAACAUAAUCUCUAUCUAUAAAUUGCACGCUAGUGUAUUUGGAAAGCACUUGGGAAUCCUGAAGUUUAUUAUAUCAAGUUAGGGUUUACUUUGUUUUGAGAUGAAGCAAUUCACUGAUGCAGGCAUGUUUUGAGGAUUUUCUCACAAAGAGUUUUUCUGAAAGAGAUUUUGAUGUAAUUUAACUUUCUAGAUUUUGUAAGAAACAGAACCUUACAUUUCCUAUUUACUGGAGUUCCUUGCUUCUGAGACCUGUAAACCGAUCUUUGUUAGAGGUGAGUACUUCACAUUUUCAAAAGCGACAUCUCCACUCAGGAUACCUCAAAUCAGUGGUCUCUUCCAAAGAUUAGACUACGCCAUUCAUAUUUCUGUAAAUUUUGGCCUUCAAGUAACCAUGAUGCUCACCGAUUUCUCACGUGGUGUGCGCUCUGCCUCACAAAACACCAUGGCCUGACUGUUAAUCCCAGCUUGCCCGCUGCGUUUUAUAGUAAUGAGGCUACACCUGACUUUUAAAUUGUGCUUUUAUUCAGUCAGGGACAUCAUCAUGCUUUAGAUGCAUUAACUGAAGCCUCAUUUCUACUAUAGAUUCACACUACUGAACAUGUUUUGUAGAGGAAAGCCACACCUACCCUCAGGCACUUGUUGGAGCACUUAAAUUCAGACCUGGUCAUUCUAGGCUCCUGCAGUCAGUGGAGACACAGAGAUCCCCAGAGGCCGAUGGCAAUCUGAAGAUGGAUCUAAAUCUGGAGGGGAGAGGGAUGAAUCCAAGGGCUGAAGGCUUGUUUGCCUUGAAGAAAUUAGCACAAUGCAAGACAAGGCACGGAUUUCCAGCCCGCUGGCUUCGCUGUGUGACGGCGCAGGGGGUGUCUCUGGUUGGCACCAGAGGUGUCUCAGGAGGACGAGCUGGCCCAGGUCUGGGCGCACUUGCAGUAAGUGUCCCCAGAGGCAAGUGAUCACCAGUCCUUUGCUGAGGGGCUACUGGGAGGUGACUCAGAGUGCUGGGACUGGAGACUGGGGGAGCUCUGACAUGGUGAAGUAAAACCAGUGCAUCCACUGAGAGCCUCAUUAAGUUUAAUAUUGAAACCUUUUCAGGCAAGUUUGAAGUCUAAGGCCUAAUGAACUGUCUUAAUUCAGCAAAACGCUUAAUCAUGAGUGAAUCUUUAAGGGUGUAUUUUGAGUGUGUGUGGGUAAGAGUUAACUCUGUUUAAUACUUCUGUUGAAUUGACACCUAAGGCUGGGGUUUGGUGGUUUUUUUUGUUUUGAUUCUUGGACAAACCAAGAUUUAUGUGCCUGGGGCAUAUGUGUUUACAACAAUAAAAACCAUAAGCCUGUUUACAGUUUUGAGUCUGAUGGAAUUUGAAACAGCACUUUGAAGUAGGAAAGUUACGUAGUAAUAUAACAUAGCUCCAAAACAUCACAGAAAACAGCUCUGGUUGUUUGAUUUAUUCUGUAAUAUUUGUGUAUUUCUGAACAGUCAUCUUUAAAAACAACCAGAAGUCCCAGUAAAAGCUGUUAAUGUUUUUAAUGGGUUAUGUUUUCAGCUGCCAUAAAUCUGUAGCUACAAGGCAGUGGAUCUGUGUCAGUUUACAUAAGCCAAAUACUUAGCCCGAUGAUAAAAGGGUUGCAGAAACUGCUGCCUGUGGUUGAUUGGAGUAAUUUGAAUGUGGCUUAAGAUAUUGUUUCUAGAUCAGUUGUGCAGUUGCCUCUAGAUUGCACAACACCCGAUAUGAAUUCAGUGUCUUGCAAGGUAACCUUGGUUGAUUGUGAAGUGUUUUCCUCUUCCCUGGAGAGACGAUGUGGUGUUUAUCUAACAGAGAUGUACUCAGUCCUCACUUUGCAUAUAGUAGCAGCAAUGGGAAGUGCAAAAAGAAAACAGAAAGCUCCCAUAGAUUUAAUGCAGCAGAGUAUUUUUAUAUUUUGAAAAACUCAAUUACUUUAUUUGAUUAUCAGAAUUGUACUUUUUUUUAAAAAGAAACUUAUUGUAUUUUUCUAAAAUAAAAAGAAUGGAAGAGUAAGUGCAGGGUAAGAUUAUAUACAUAUAUAUAUAUAUAUUUAGGGCUUAGCGUUGGUGCUGUAAAAUGAACUUUGUAUGUCUCCUUGUCAGUUUUAAAUGAUGUGUGUGCCUUAUGUACGUUCAGAACAUGUGACUGAAAGAAGCAGAUUCUUAUACUGACAGGCAUUCAGAUUAAAUGCUAAUCUCAUGUCACCCUCCUGCCCCACACUGAUUGGCAGUAACAAGGACCAGGUUCAAUCCCCAGGGGCUCUCGUUCAGGUAAUACCCAAAUACAGUUUUAAGAAUGUGGGAGAUUGGAUUAAACCAGCUGGGUGCCUCAUGGACUGCACGCAAGCACUUCCAACAAAUGGAUUUACACAAACAGAGGAAGAAAAGGAAGGGAUGCUGGAGUUACGUGCCACUGGGUAGUCCCCCGUUAGGCAAACCAUGCCUGUUCCCAGGGACAGCAACCCAAAUCUUCUAUACUGGGCUGGCUGUUGGUGUAGUCAGUAGUCGAGCUGGUCACUAGUCUUCUAGUUUCAUCCGCUCUGUCAUUUCUACCUAAAAAGAACAUUGAAAUUGUUGUCCCAAAACCAUGGUUCUUCACCCAGUGUGCGUACAAAUGAGCCAAAUUUAGCACACAGAGACGAGAUGUUGUUUAUUACGGAGUUGCGCAGGUCUGGGUGCUGGAAUAAAGCCAGCAAGAAAAGUAACAGGCAUUAUAUAGAAAAUCUUCUCACUACAUUCACACCCUGAAGAGCCAAUUGGUUACACGUUUGCACGCUGCAUUACAUAAUCCUUUUAGCAUAUAAUGAGCAACACUCAGCUAAAGGACCCUUUAUCCAGCAGUCUUGAGAUAUGCAUUAAAGCAAGACUCAGCUAAUUGUGCGGGCUUCAAAAUGUCUAAAGCUGCAAGGCCAGUAGCUUCUGUAGUUUGUGAUCAGGUGUUUUGUGAGUCACUCUCAACGUUGUUGUAUGAGCAGAACAACCUAAAACUGGAAGGAUUUAUACAUCUUUAGGUUAGCAGUUGCACACAGGAUUCAUUCUUCCGUGUGAUGACCGCAAAACUCUACGAGGUUACACCACCUUCCCAAGCGCUGCUGAUGAUGAUCCGUCUCACCGGGGUGACAGUGACCUGUGUCAACGAGCUGCCGUUCCCCGGCAGGCGCUGGAGGAGGGGACACACUGUCAGCCGUCCCCACCGGCCGUGUCCCCCGCCAGCCGCGUUCUCCUGCCCCGCUGCACUGUCUGCCCCUGAGCUCACCAACCUGCCGCGGCUUAGGGGGAUUAGGUGGCUUGUGCUGAGUCCCCCACUUUAACAGGUGGACACCACCUGAGACAUCUGUCCUCGCCGAGUUCCUGAAGGCUGGGACCUGCGGUUUCAGGUCACUGGGUUUUCCAGAAGGGCUUUGUAGACGUGAUAACUAAGUCCUUAAGUCGCUCCUGCACCUUGUAAGAAUCCCUGCUGCAACCCCUUGUCUCUACUCACCCUCUGCAUUUCAAGUCAAAUACUCAAAGUGAACAAUGUUUUAAAGGCAAACCCUGCUUUUUUUUUGUGUUCAUACUGUGCUGCCAAACAUCUUUAAUCUCUUUUUCUACUUCUCUUUGUGGGCUGUAUGUAGAAAACUCAAAUCAAAAUUCCAGGUCCUUUAAAACCUGGUAUUUGUCGUCCAGCUCUUUGAUGAUGAGAAAGAGAAGGCAGGGCAGUUCCAAGCCUCAUGCAGUAAAGCACAGCCAGUAGCAGCCCAGUGUGCAGAGGUCAACCACAUUCCUCCUAUGAAUUUCAUACCAUAAUUCUGUAAAAAACAGUCUGAACGUUACAAUAGAGUCUUUCCCUUCAGAAAACUUCAAGGCUGAUUGACGGAAAGGUCAGUUGGGUUCAUACAACUGGCAGGCGAGGGAGGGAGUUUCCUGUUAAUUUUUGAGAUCACAAGUUCCUCAUGCUGCACCGAAUGCUUUUUCUUUUCACCUUAACUCUCUGCAAGACCACGGCUCAGAUACCGAGCAAGAGUGCUGAGUAUUAUGGUUACCAAAAUGUGGAAAUAUUACAGACUUUCAUUAAGCUGCAAAACCCAGCUGGUAACUCACUGGGAGGCACCAUUCGAAAGACAAAAGUCGCAGCAGUGUCUCUGUCCCCAGGGCAGAGGAGGAGACUCGGUGUGAUGUUGCACAUGAGAAUUUACAGUCUCCGAAGACAGAGCGGAACAAACAACAGAGGGAGGACGGUCCUAGAGCUGCGGUGCUCUGCAGGAAAGGUGGCUCCUCGGUGUCAUUUCAGAGACAUUUACAGAGCGGUGGUCUCCAAGCCGAACUGGAGAGCAGCAGUGCUGCUGGAGGGUAGAGGAAGGUGAAUGUUUGCUCUAGAAGCACAGAAGCAAAAAUAAAUCUCAUUUCCUGAUGCAUUUCUUGUUCCAGAUGGUGGUAGACAAGACCAUGAAUUUCAGCUACACCCAUCAGCAUUCUGCUCUCAUUUUUGUUGUGCUGCUGCUGAGGAAAGAUGGAUCAAGGCCUGUGGAACUGGUGGGCACUUGCUCAGCUUCACCUGAUGGUUGUAGCAUGGAGGGAGUUGGUCUCUUCUCACAAGUAGCAAGUGAUAGGAUGAGAGGAAAUGGCCUCAGGUUGCACCAGGGGAGGUUUAGAUGGGAUAUUGGGAAAAAAUUUCUUCCUGGAAAGGGCUGUUGGUCAUUGGAACAGGCUGCCCAGGGCAGUGCUGGAGUCACCAUCCCUGGAGGGGUUUAAAAGACACAUAGAUGAGGCUCUUCGGGACGUGGGUUAGUGCCAGGGUUGGGUUAUGGCCUGACUCAAGACUUAAGAGCCUAUUCCAACCAGAAUGACUCUAUGGAGUACACCUGGAGAUCCCGCACCCACCUUCCGCCAGCUCAUCUUUGCUCAUAUACCCAGAAUCAUCUACAUUCAGCAAGGGAUAAACAGGAUUUCCUUCACACCUUACUCUCCUCCAUCAUGGACUUUCCUCUCUGUUUUACCCAGAGGCUGUUUUCCCCUGACUAAGACCAAUUCACGCCACCAGCUUCUCAUCAUGAUUACAGAACCACAUUUACACUGGCUGAGAAGCUUCUGUCCAUAUGAGCUGCAGCCCAUGGGGAAUCAUUUCUCCUGCAUUUCCAAAUCAAACUCAGCCUUUGGCCACCUUCAAAGUCAUCAGGAAUCUGCACAUUCACCACAUCCAGCAGCUUCAACAACUCUGCCGGUGCUGUCCGCAGGAGAUUGUGAGUCCCGCUGCAGAUGAACCCGCUGACCGCAGUGCGGGAUGAAUGUGAAACCAUUGUCACCUCCAGGCUGCUGACAAAGCCUCAACAGCGCUGAGCUGGCCAGGCAGAGGGAACGGGAAACACCAGAAUUCCCUAAGUGACCUGCUGGGGGGAAAGAAGAACCAUAUAACAAACAAGCUCCCUAAACCCACCCUGCAGUCCUCUCCUAAGAGCCCUCAGAUUGAUAUCAAUGACUGGGUGGAAACAGGUUGGAUGCAGAUUUGACAGAAAUGAGGAAACUGAGAAAAAUGCAGCGUCUUCAAGGAUUUCUUUAUUAUUCAAGUUUUCUAUCAUCUAAAAACACCAAUAUAUUAAAGACCAAGAUGGAAACUUCAGCUCAGGAGCUUGUAAGAAUGUGUAUUUUCAACCACUGAUACAAAGACCUGGUCUAUACUGCAAGAGGCAUAUUUAAAAAACAGUGCUCAGUAUAAAAACAAAGAAAGUCAAUAUUUCCAAGGAUCAAAUAAAUAAUUUACAGUGAUAUGCAAAAAAAAAAA